AUGAAUGCAAAUUUUGCAAGGAGGGAGCUCAUAACAAUACUCAGCAUCGAUGGCGGCGGCAUCAAAGGCAUCAUCCCCGGAACUGUCCUCGCCUUUCUCGAAUCCAAACUUCAGGAAUUGGACGGCACAGAGGCAAGAUUAGCGGAUUACUUCGACGUAAUCGCGGGGACGAGUACCGGGGGAUUAGUCACGACCAUGCUUACAGCUCCGGACAAGAACAACAACAAUCGACCGUUGUUUGCGGCGAAUGAGAUUAAGGAGUUUUACAUGGAAGAGGCUCCUAGGAUUUUUCCUCAACGAAGGAACUUUCUUGGUGGGGUGUGGAAGUUGAUUGGGCCCAAGUACGAUGGGAAGUAUUUGAGAACAGUGGUGAACAACUUGGUCGGAGAGUUGACUUUGAAACAGACGUUGACCAAUGUUGUCAUUCCGGCUUUCGACAUCAAGAUUCUCCAACCGGUCAUCUUCAACACCCAUGAUGCAAAGGUAAAUGCAUUGAAGAAUCCGAGGCUGGCGGAUGUGUGCUUGGCCACUUCGGCAGCGCCCAUAUACUUGCCAGCCCAUUUCUUUGAGACCAAGGACGAUGUAGCAAACACCACUCGUACUUACGACCUCAUUGAUGGUGCCAUUGCCAUUAAUAAUCCUACAAUGGCAGCCAUAACCCACAUGAACAGGGAGAUUGAAAUGAACCACAUAGCAAACUCAAUGAUCAAACCAAAUGAUGCAACAAGGAUGCUUGUUCUAUCCUUAGGGACAGGGUUGCCUAAACAUGAAGAGAAGUACAAUGCAACACAAGCCUCAAAAUGGGGAGCCUUUAGUUGGAUUUACCAAAAUGGUUCGACCCCGAUUAUUGACUUCUUCUCCGACGCUAGUUCUGAUAUGGUUGAUUACCACGUUUCCACCCUUUUCCGAUCUCCAAAUCUUCAUCAAAACUAUCUUCGUAUUCAGGAUGACUCGUUGAUUGGCGAUACCGCAUCGAUGGAUAUAGCGACUCCACAAAAUUUAGUAAAGCUUGUGAAGAUUGGGGAGGAGUUACUAAAGAAACCCGUGUCAAGGGUUAAUUUAGAAACAGGAAGAUAUGAGACGGUUGAUGGAGAAGGUAGCAAUGAGGAAGCUCUCACCAAGUUUGCCAAAUUGCUCCAUCAAGAACGAAAGUUAAGACUAAGUGGCUAG